AUGAAGAAUUGGAAAUUUGACCAAGAAGUGUCACGGAAAGAACUUCUUAGGAUGAUUGUGUUGCAAGAGUUACCCUUUAGCAUUGUUGAGCAUGUUGGAUUUAGGAGAUUUGUUGCAAGUUUAAAUCCAUAUUUUAAGGUGAUAUCAAGAACCACACUGAGAAAUGAUUGUAUGGCUGCUUAUGAGGAUCAUAAGUUAGCUUUAUUUGAUGUCUUGAAGAGCUCAAAUUCUCGAGUAUCUCUUACUGCCGACAUGUGGACUUCCAUCCAGAACUUAGGCUAUUUGUGUGUUACCUGUCAUUACAUUGAUAAUGAAUGGAAGUUGCAAAAGAGAAUUAUAAAGUUUGCUCUAGUGCCGACCCCACAUGAUGGCAUCACUAUGUUUAGUGAAAUGCUAAAGGCCAUUCAGGAGUGGCAUAUCGAAAAUAAGUUAUUCAGUGUUACCUUAGACAAUGCAAGUGUGAAUGAUACAAUGAUGACUCAUCUGAAAACCAAUCUUGUUGGUAAGACAAUGUUGCCUUGUGAUGGAGUGUUGUUGCAUUUCCGCUGUGCUGCCCAUAUAUUCAAUCUAAUUGUCCAAGAUGGGCUAAAAACCAUGAGCAACGCCAUUAACAGUAUAAGAGAAAGUGUUAAAUAUGUUCGGAGUUCGCAAUCACGUGGUCAAAGGUUUGAAGAGAUGAUUGCUCAAGUGGGAAUAAAAACUAACAGACGACCAUCGCUUGAUGUAUCAACGAGAUGGAAUUCGACAUACUUAAUGCUCGAGUCAUCUUUAUUGGUCAGAAUGGCCUUUGAAGCCUUGGAUCGGCAUGACAUAAAUUAUUUGCAUCAACCCUUCGAUUAUCAAUGGACAAUGGCUGAGAAGCUUUGUGCUUUGUUGAAAGUUUUCUAUGAAGCUACUGUUGCAGUAUGUGGUAUGUUGUACCCAACUUCAACAUGCUAUUUUCAUGAACUUUGGAAGAUAAAGAUGGUUUUGGACAAGGAGGCUACAAAUGAAGAUGUCACCAUUGCAUCUAUUGUCAAGGAAAUGAAAGAAAAAUUUAAGAAGUACUGGGACGCUCAAUACUUGCAAAUAUGUUUCCCGGUUAUUUUUGAUCCAAGGUAUAAGUACAAAUUCAUUGAGUUUCGUUUGAAGUCUGCAUUUGGAGCUGCUGCAACUCCUUACCUUAAGGAAAUCAAGAGUAAUAUGCAGAAAUUGUUUGAUGAAUAUUCUGCCAAGUAUGGGGGCUCAAACAACAUCAAUUCUCAGCCCGAAACAAGUGUUGAGCAGAAUGUUGAUGCAAGUAAUCAAUUCGCUGAUUGGAGACAGUUUCUACAUGACAAAAGCAGGAGCAAAGUAAAGAGUGAGCUUAGUCGAUAUCUUGCUGAUAUGCCUCAGGAAGGUGAUUUCCAAGAUGGGCAUGAUUUUGAUAUCUUGAACUGGUGGAUGGUAAACAAAACAAAGUACCCUGUGAUUUCACGAAUGGCACGUGAUGUUUUGGCUAUUCCAGCAACAUCAGUGGCAUCAGAGGCAGCAUUUUCAACUGGAGAAAGGAUCAUUAGUGACUAUAGAAGUAGACUUUCGAGCAGUACUGUAGAGGCAUUGAUUUGCCUUCAAGAUUGGAUGAGGGCAGAAGGUUUGGGUGAUUUCUUUGCACGUGAUCUUGCUGAGAGUGAUGACCAAAAUGUGCAACAUUCAGGUGAAAAUGCCUAUACACCUCUAGUAACAUGUAGUACCAGCACAACAACCAGCAGCAGGUAAUAUAGAAAAAGACCGGAAGAGCUCAUAGAGUUGGAAGCAGUUGUUUGUCACUUUGUCAAUUGGGACAGUUGGUUUAUCAUGAAGAGAAAAUGCAUCAUCAUCACUCUAACUUUAGUCAUGAUGUUGAAGGAAAAGAAUGGUGUUCUUAUUCAGUACUAUACUUGUUAUGUCAUUGAAAAAGAAUACUUUCACAUGAAAAUAAUACAGUUUUCAUGUGCUAAAUUUGGGAUAUGGAGUAGUUAUGUGCUUGUGUGAUUGAUGAACCUAAUUAAACAGA